ACCCUAGUGUACAGGCGCAAAGCAAAUGGUCUGGCGCUUAGUGCCGUGUUUGGUAUUUAAAAGUAUAUGAAGUUGUUGCGUAUGUUGAUUGGCGCGGUGGAGAGUGUUUGUACACUGAACUCACAGCCACAUGACCCAAGAGAUAAGGUUUCAGUGUUGGCUGGGAGCUGGCAUGUACUUUUACAGGGCCUCACUUCAGUUGACAGUCGAAGUGCAGUCCUGUGUGUUUGCGUUUGAAGUCCCUAUGUGGAGUUAAAAGUCUCUGAACAUCCCAAUCAUUAUUGUUUUGUUUGCUUGUUCUUUUCCCCCGACUGUUAAGUGAUUGCAUCAGUCAUUUCAUUAGGUUCGGCUCGGGUGUUUGUCAGCAGUCUAUAAGCUGCAUGCUGGUGGAAUUCAUAGAUUGCCAAAGUAAAUAGCUGCUGCUUCGGUAAACGCUACCUCUCGGCCUCUCGCUGCUCCAGUCCACUGUUUUGGUGUAGAGCGGGCCUAGCUGUCUCUGUGUGAAGUCUGAAUUUGUUUUCUGAAAAUGAACUUCCUCAACAGGCGGGAGGUGUUUCCUUCCCUCCCGGUACUCUGUUUGAAACUGUGAGGUGAAUACUGAGCACUUCGGAAACAUGACUAGAGCAAAAACAACUGCUCCUUUGUACGAGCCGAGUGUGGGGCCAAUUGUAAUGCUUUGUGCAAGCUUUUUCAUUUGCUUUCACCUCGGGCACACUGAGUAGAUCGUUUUAAUCCAUUGAGUAGCUUUAUUUGGAAAUGUAUCAUUUAGGCGUGCUUUAAUAGUAGCCUGAUUAGCCUUCACAUUAAUGGAUGUUUUAUUUGUUAUGACAUAAUUUGACCCUCCCAUAAAAUAAAAGACUACCACUUGGACCCCUCUCUCUCUCUGUCUCUCUCUCUCUCUCUCACUCUCACUCAGCCCCCCUUUGUCUCAUUCACAUUUUUAGAGCUCCAGCCAGACUGGGUAGUCGCCUAAAUAUCAGUUAGGGUUUUAAAUAACAGCCUUCGCCAUGGGGCUUUGCGACACACCUUUGUGUAUCUGUUACAGAGGUGUAACUGGUUUGUGUCAACUGGUUUAUUUCUUGUGAAAAGGGUGUGGCACAAGUAGGUCUGUUUAUGAACUGAAAGCAGAGUUUUUGUUCCGAAUUCCCGUUCUGUUAUUUACCAAAAAAAUGAUAGGUUGUAUGUAUUUCUGUUUUUUUUUUGUUUUUUUUACUGGAAAAACAGCUUUUUGAUGCAUACAAUGAGUAUUAUAAAGUCUAAGUAUAUACUCCGUCAGUAGUGCCGUGACACCCAGGUUGGCUGUGGUCUUUCCCACUGCUCUUUGUCAGACAGGUUUGUGGAGAACAGCAGCAGACUGCUGGCCUCAGCAUUUUCCGCCUGUAUUGAUCUCCCCACAUUAGCUCUCUCUUCAUGCACAGACAUGAGCACAAUUGCUUCCCUUACAACAUUGGCUGCCGUGGCAACUGAGUCCUGAUCGUGAGAUUUCGCUCCCAGAAAACAUCUCAAACCAGAACCUCUUCAUUUUGAUGCUUCUAUCAUCUCCUUUACAUUCCCCCGUACAUAUUUGACACAUCAACGGCUUGAUUUGCCACUUAAAGCUAUCUCCAUAUGUCUUUGUGUAUUUCUGAAUAGGCUAAGUGCUUAACAGGAUAAAAGAGCAGUUUGAAAGGGGGGAAAAAUGUGCCUUGGCACCUGCUGUUAGUGCUUGCACAUGAAUAUGAUGAGGCUGGCGGUGCGCGGGGCUAUUUUAACUUGCAGAUGAGCCAUCAGGUCAGCACCAUUGCAGCUUUGGUGUAUUUUCAAGGAUGAGCUGCAGUCAACAGGCCAUUGCGGCUUAUUAGCUCCCUCUCCCCUCUCCACUCUUUACACGCUAGUGUCCCAUUAUUCAUCGCAUUCCCGGCCGCCUCUCUUUGAUGCCUUUUCAUAAGAGCAAUGAUAACUGCGAUCAUUGCUACAGCACUGGUAAUUGACCAGCUGCAGUCAUGGUAAAACACUUCCUGUGUUUGGCUGGAUGCAAGGCAGCUUUCUCAGUCGUCCACCCUGCCUCUGUUGAUAUUCAAAUGACGGUCUUCUGGAGGUGCUGCUCACACGGGGAUAAGUGCUCCCAGUCACCCAAGGGCCCAGCUGAGAGGUCAGGGCUGUGAAGAUGGACUGAGGUGAAGCUCUCUUGGGCUUUAAGGUUAAUCAGUGGUCUGACACUUUACCCGGGCCGUGACUUCUCCUCAUCUCCCUGCCACAAAACUGAAUUCACAGUUCACAGACAGUCAUUCAUGGCCUGUUGGAGAAAGAGAGACUACCAGUGGAGUGUUUACAGCUGGCCCUGGGUCCAGAAAACACCUUGGCCACACCUUUUUAAUCAAACAAAGACCCGAUGCAUUCAGGGCCUUUUUUUUUUUUUUUUUUUUACCACACCUGUGUUGGCUUGUGGUUUACUGUGACCUUUAAUGUUUGUCAUCUGCGUACAUUGGGUAGCACCGUCAUGGAUCUUGACUUGACUGAAACUCACAAAGAACAGCUUGAAAUCCUUUUCAGAUGGCGUCCUCACUCAUCCUUUCUUCCUCUCUGCCAUCAACAGAAGUACAUACAUGGGUCGCAAAAACCUGCCACUAAUUGCACCUGAACGGAUUUAGUUUCAAAAGCAUUUGAUAUUUGGCUUGUGCACGUGGCUAGCUUAAUUCUGAUUGAGGGAUUCUUGGAAAGAUUAUUAUAAAAAUGAUAUUGUCCUCUAAAACUGCGGCCUUGUCUGUCUGCAUAGUCCGUGAUCUAUUCAGAGUAGGAACCUGUCAUGUCAAGAGAUAUCUUUUUGUGUUUUGGUCUCUCGAGCAGAGAUUUUCUUUUAACACAAAUGGGCAGUUCUCUCGCUUCCUGACAUAUCUGAUUGCUCUACUUUGCAGAGAGCUGUGAUUCAUCGUAGACGGUGGAUAACUUACACAGCCUACCUCGCUACCACUGAGUGUUGGCUGGCUCGCUCUCUCCUUCUUGCUCUGUCCUUCCGUAAAAGGAUUUUCCUAUUGUUCUGUCUCUUCCUAUGUUCACUCUGUCUGUCUCUUUGCCUUUGGCCUGGAAAGCUCUUUGACUUACUUCCUUUUUUCGGUGAUAAAAAUCACAGAAGUGUAUUCGGUUCACAAAGAAAUUUCAAUGGUGCUGACAAAUGAAAAUGCAGACAAAAGAGGAUUGACAGGCAGAAUGCAGGACCAAAUGUCACUAACACGACAUCACCUAUACAGCAGGCAGGGUGUAAUAUUAUGACAGAAACAGGAUGAGUAUCCUUUUAAGGCUGAAUAAAUUACGACCUUAGAUUUAGAAGUCACUCUAAACCAAAAUAGGUUCUAUCCGAUAUAUCUUUAUCCCCUCAUUGAGAGUUGAGCGGUCAUUUUAUAAGUGCACUAAUGCCUCCUUCUUCCCCCUCCUGUUCUCUCUGACUGGCCUUGACAAACUGAUUCGUGUGUCUGUGUGUGUGUCUGUGUGUGUGUACACUCCCUCUCCUGUCUCACCCACUAUGCAAACACCCUCGAGUUUGACCCAAUUCUUAUCUUAUCACAGAAAUGAAAAGAUAUGCCUAUCCACUACUCUCUCUGCACCGCUAACUCUCCAACCUCCCAAUGCUACUCCCGUCUCGGUCUGGAUCCAGAACAUCCCAGACCACCCCGGACCUGGGCAUCUGGUGUCCACCUACGGGUGCAGCAGGAGCAUAUUCGCUGCAGGGUGGCUGCUCGUUGGUUGCCUGUGGCAGAACCAGCCGGCGUGGAUUACCUUUGUUUCUGUUAUUGUGUCUAUAUUUCUUGUUUCUGGGAUAUCUGCUCUUAAUUGAAGGGACGGCAGGGUUGUCAUGGUGACACCCAGGACAUAAAGCUUGUUGUGAGCUGAGCCAAAGAGUGAUCUCUUUGUGCUCUUGCCCUCACCAACCAGUGUGCAAGACUGUAGCUUGUAUCUUAUGGUUUGGAGUGAUUUUUAGAUUUUUGGACAAAAUGUAUUUUCAGUUAAGUACUUAUUUAGUUAUUUUAUCUUUUUCUGUGCCUGUAAUUAAAAUCACAAGUCAAUACAUUAGGUUCAAGUAAAAACUCUGACAGGAUCAUGCACGGGAUGACAUGCCAGCAAUUAUUCCUCUGAACACAUAUUAAAAAAAAAAAAAAAAGUAUCGUUGUUUUAUUAAAAAGGGUACUUGGGUGGUUAAUGAUAGAGGGAAUUUUCCAGUACUGUUAAAUGACAACUCCUAGGCCUGUAGCCUCUUUACACUACUUAAUCUGGCAUGUGACAAAUUGAGACUCGAUCCUGGCUGAAUGCAGAUCAGUUCAUAAGAGCCAUCCACCCCGUAAGAUGGAGACCUUCCACUCGUUCCUGGUCUCAUGGUCAUUUACACAUAACGAGCAGCUAGUUCUCGUCUGAAACGAGGUGGGCGUCGAGGAGUGGAGCCUUAAGUCGGUUUAGUUUCUUGAGAGCACCUCCUCGAAGGUCCUCGGAUGGAGUCAAGAGUGGGGGGUGGGGGGUGGGAGCUGAGAGCCUCUCUGUCCUCGCCAGGCGUGGAAGAGGGGGGCAGUGAGAGGGGCCAGGAAGUGCAGUAGAGGCAGACAGGCACUGCUACAGGGGGUGUGUCCCCUGGGAAAACACCUCUUUGAUUUAAUGGGUCCAAUCAUUGGGAUGUCACCAGAUAAGAAAACGGAAAUUCCGGGUAUGCAAGAGGAGCGGACAGGGCUCAGAGGUGUCUGUGGUGUGGGAACACUGCCUGAGGCGGAGUGUGCGUCCAGUCCGCUGGCGACCAGCGUGGAUCGUACUGGAGGCACUGAGGAUGAGGAGCUCACCAACCUCAACUGGCUCCACGAGAACCUGCUUCAGAACUUCACCCUGGGAGGUCCGGAAGCUCAGCCCAGCGGCAGUCCCCUCUUUGACAUAGAGGGAGACUACGGGUCCAACCAGGGGCCGUCGUCCUCCUCGUCAUCUUCGUCACACGGCAGAGGCAGGGAGCGGGACUCGUUGAAGUCUAAGCCCCCUUUCUCAUUUUCCCUCCUCAUCUACAUGGCCAUUGAGCAGUCUCCCAGCAAGUCUUUGCCUGUUAAAGAAAUCUACGGCUGGAUUCUCGAGCACUUCCCUUAUUUCUCCAACGCUCCCACUGGCUGGAAGAACUCAGUUCGUCACAACUUGUCCCUGAACAAAUGCUUCCGCAAGGUCGAACGGAGUUUGGGGAAGGCCAAUGGAAAAGGUUCUCUCUGGUGCGUUGACCCCGAGUACCGCCCCAACUUGAUCCAAGCCCUUAAGAAGCAGCACUUCCCUGCCGCACAUGCCUUCUGCACACCACCCGCCUCCCCACCCAGUGCCUCCUCACCCCCUCGCCAUCUCUUUCUACAAGGCUGCUCAUUCAAAGAGUCUGACAUUGAUGCUGCCACUGCCAUGAUGCUCUUAAACUCUGCCCCCGGGCACCACGUUGACCCAUGCAAUUCUGAUAGCCCCCUGGACCUCUCCCGACCCGACUCUGUCCUGGUGAGCAGCGAUCCAAAGCAGGACCACAACUACAGCAGCGUAGCCCUGCAGCGCUGCUCCUCCCGCUCCUCCUCCUCGUCUCUCUCCUCCCUGGACGAAGGAGGCUGCGACGGCAGGCAGUCCCGCCGCGCUGGCAGCGAGGGCUUCCACAGCGACGAGGACUCCGACCUCUGGGACGAGAGGGGCGUCCACCAGACUUCUCGACGUCCGCCCGCCAUCAAGUGGCCCGUCGGUAAGAGGCCACGGCGCGAGGUCAAGCCAGAGCUGGAUGAGGAGCUGAAGGAAGCCGCGGGCUCGUUGCUGCACCUCGCCGGUAUACGCAGCUGCAUGGAGGGCUCCAAACGCACUGUCAAGAGCACAAAACUUAACAGGAAAUGAAGAUUCUUUUUUUUUUUUUUUUUUGCCCCCAUCAGACUCCGGACCCUGUGAACCCUAACCUCUGACCCCUGAUCGUGUGUCCCAGUGUGCCUCCUUCUCCUUAUCUGAUCGUUCAUUGGCCAUUUUGAGCCUUUUUUUUUGUUUGGGAAUAUCCCUGUCCAACAAAACAAAUGGCAAUAGUAUCGUUCACACAGGAGAACAAAGCCAUAUAGAGACUUUUGUAACUUCGGGGGUAACUGCUGGGGGUGGGUGUUUGGGCUAUGGAGAACCAUCAAGAAACCUAUCCAAAAUGACCUGCCUGCUUCUGUUGGAUUAGAAGAUUGUGAUUCAAGAAUUUUCCUCUGAAAGACAAAAUGGGAAAAGCUGAAGGUUUUAUAACUCAAAGCGUUGCAUGCUUCCUCCUCAAACCUGUAUCCUCUUCCAAGUGAAUCUAUUUAUGAAGCGAAUGAGUGCAUGUUUGUAACAGACAAAAUCUAACCUCCUGGUGUUAUCAGUUUCUCAUUUUCUGUGCUAAAGAAAAAAAAAAUGCCACUGUUUUUGAAAGGAAUUCUUGCUCCACGAAUCCUCUUGUAAGAGAGAUGCAAUAAUUAAUCCACAACCUUAACUUUUUUCACGUCGCGGUGGCAUUUUUUUUCCAGAGUCGAGUAUGCUAGUUAAACUUUACAAUUAAGAGAAUGAAUGGAGUAGUACUAUGAUCUUGUUAUGCGAUAAACUUUAUUACACACGAGCUCCGGCUCUGUUUUCAGGAUUAGCAAGAUGUGGAAAUAGUAUUACUCUGCCACUGCCAAAUUUAGUUGCAAAGUUAGCUAUACUACUUCGCUCCGUUUUGUGUGGCCAUUACCGUGCUAUACAAAUGAAAGCUGUUUUUCAUCGUUUCGCAAAUCCACUGCUCACCCUGUCGACCCCUUUUUCAUUCAUCAAUGUGUUUUUGACAUUUACUGUGCAGACGCAGAACAUAUAUUCACAUGUUUGGUGACAGCCUAUGCAAAGUGAACAUUUGCCACGUAUUGCCAGAUGUUCACUGUGUGGCCAUAGGUUAUCCUCCAUAGAUUUUAUUUCAUUUUUGUGUGCGUGUGUGUGUGUAUCAUAGUGCAUGUCGACUUCAGCCUAAACCUGCGAUGAUGGUCAUGACGGAAAAGAGUUUGAAAUGGUCAAACGCUUAUCUACUACUGACAAAGUAGUCAUACUGCUCCAAUGAAUGUGAUUGGUGUAAUGACGGAUCUCCUUGCUACAGCUGUAUUGUAGGGCUGCUUGGUACUCUGCUUGCUUCUGGUCCUUUUUUUUGAGAGCUGGUUUAUAGUCAGAAACAGGAGCGGACAGUUAAUUACUACAGCUUAUUGCUCCAUUACUUGAGUUUUGCAGUUUGAUUAUACCUCUCGUGUGUUCUCCUUGUGUUUUGAACCAUGUACUUUAGAAAAUUACCAAAAUUAUACAGCUAAUUCUCUGUUGGCUGGUCCUGUGGCCAAGUUGAUCCACAACCUGAGGGAAAGCGUGUGUUUUUGUUCAGAUAAACGAAAGAUGCAGAGCAUAGAACGAGAAGGGGACAACACGGCCGUGGCCAGAGAGAACCGGACUCCGUGUGUGCAGUCGCUCGCAGGCGAGAUGUUGAAGACCUGUGCUGCUCUCAUGUUGUGCCCUCAGUUCUGGCUGGCCACUAGUGUUGCGUCCUUGCUCUUCCUCCCUAGAACAAAAUAAGGAAGUGCACGCUCUCUUCUCACGCUGUGAAAUGGAGUGUUUAUUGUCAGUUGAUUGCAUGCAGUUCACUGAGGGGAAGUUGCGAGCCACUUGUGUAAAAGGCCACAAUUCUAGUUUGAGCCUCUUUUUUAAAAAGGCUGCAUACUCGCAGCGUACAAUACAAGGUAGCA